GCACCAGGCGCACCGAUGCUCGGCAGGCCAGGUCGCGCGUUCGCUGCAAAUGGAGUUCCCCAGGGCGCGCUGCUUUGCAGCUCCAAGUGCAGUACGGAGCGAGCCCGCCGAGCCGCGGGAUCCCUCCGGGGUGGGUUGAGGGAGGGGAGCCCCCCCCCGCGGCCCCCUCCUGGCCCUUGGCGCUGCCGCGUGCGUGGUGCCAUUGGCCCGGGCUGCCCGGUGGGCGGGAGGAUGACAUCAGCGGCAGGUUGGAUUAUAAAGGCGCGAGCGGAGUCACGGGCCCAGAGCGCACCCAGCCGGCGCCGCGCAGCACUGGGACCCUGCUCACCCUGCAGCCCCGCCAGCCUGCUCCGCACCUGCCUGCCGGUCUGCCCGCCGACUCGCGCGCCCUCGCUGCCGCCUGUCUGCGCCCCUCGACCCCAGCGGCACCAUGCACCUCUCCCAGCUGCUGGCCUGCGCCCUGCUGCUCACGCUGCUCUCACUCCGGCCCUCCGAAGCCAAGCCCGGGGCGCAGCAGAAGGUCCCGCGAACCCCGCCGGGAGAGGAGCUGGCGGACCCCCAGGCUGCGGGCGGCUGUCAGAAGAAGGGCGACAAGGCUCCCGGGGGCGGGGGCGCCAACCUCAAGGGCGAUCGGUCGCGACUGCUCCGGGACCUGCGCGCGGACACCAAGUCGCGGGCCGCGUGGGGCCGCCAUGUGCAGGAGCACCCCAACGCGCGCAAACACAAAGCAUCCAACAAGAAGAACUUGUCCAAGGGCUGCUUCGGCCUCAAGCUGGACCGAAUCGGCUCCAUGAGCGGCCUGGGAUGUUAGUGUGGCGCCCCCUGGCGGCGGAUUGGAAACUGGCUCCGUUGUGCUGAGGUCACCUUUGGUCAUCAGCCUCCAGCAUCUGGAAACACCUCCAACGCAAUGUGGCUUUUACAUUUCUUUCUUUCUUUCUUUUUUUCCUGGUACUGGGAAUACAUGACACCAGCUGUUUUAUUAUUAUUUGGGGAGGGGGUUGUGAUUUUAUUGUUUUUUUAAAAUGAAAAAUAAAAAGUUAUAUAUUAUAUAUAUAUUAUAUACAUGAAACACACACACCUACACCGACUCGAUGACGAGGGACAGUUUUUAAGAGACUGACAGAACCAGCUGUAAAACAUUGCUGUUUGUAAAUUCAUGUCAUGCCUAAAUGUAUUUAUGUUGUAAAGCUAUUUAUAAUGUUUAUAAAGAGAUAUUUAUAAAAGUUUUAUUUAUGUAACUAAAUGAAAGAAGUCAAUCAUUGUAAUGCUUUUGUCCUAACUAGUUGAAAAAAUGUAAAAAAAAAUGUCAUUCCAUGAAUAUCUUGAAAACCA